AUUUUUAUUGACCAUGUCGACGUACGAGAAGAAGGCCACGUUUAGAAAGGGCCAGAACAAGAAGAAAGGCCAAGCGCAUCAGAAUACGACUGCUUGGAAACCUAACAAAAACUCUAAAAAGUCGAGAGAGAUCAACGCUUUACCCGUCUACGGUUUAUGUCAACGUUGUACCGAUGUCAUUCUCUGGCGCAAGAAGUACAGAAAGUAUAAGCCUUUAACAUCCGUCAAACGAUGGUAACACUGUCAAUCCAAUUCAUAGAAAACAAAUCUGCAUUUCUCAGCCAAUUUCUAAUCGAGGAUCGUCCUCCCUUGUCUUUUUUUUUCUUUUAGCACAAACUGUCAGGAGAAAGCGAUCAAGGAAGCUUACCAUGUGCUUUGCAACAAGUGUGCCACAGAUAAGAAGGUUUGCGCCAAAUGUCUUGAAUCUAAAGAAGUCAUUACAGACAAAACCGAGAUCAAAACGGAUG